UGUAAUGUAUGUUGUUGUCAGAGCAUCUUCCAACAUGGCGUCCUCUGCGACUGGAGCACUCUUCAACCUGCCGGUAGCAUCUCUAUUCUUGAUCUUGGUGAUAUGUCUUCAGCCAGGAGGUGGUCAGAAGAAGAAAGAGAAUAUGCUGGCGGAGAAGGUUGAUCAGAUGAUGGAGUGGAGCUCUCGACGUUCCGUUAUCCGCAUGAAUGGAGACAAGUUCCGCCGUUUCGUGAAGGCACCGCCCCGGAACUAUUCAGUCAUUGUAAUGUUCACCGCACUGCAGCCCCAGAGGCAGUGCUCCGUGUGCAGACAAGCUAAUGAGGAAUACCAGGUGCUGGCUAAUUCUUGGCGCUACUCGUCCGCUUUUUCUAACAAACUGUUCUUCACAGUGGUGGACUACGACGAGGGGGCGGAUGUCUUUCAGCAGCUGAACAUGAACUCAGCCCCCACCUUCAUGCACUUCCCCGCCAAAGGCAAGCCGAAGAGGGCCGACACCUUUGACCUGCAGCGCAUUGGCUUUGCCUCCGAGCAGCUUGCCAAGUGGAUCGCUGACCGAACUGAUGUACAGAUCCGAGUGUUCCGUCCCCCUAACUACUCGGGUACUAUUGCUCUAGCCCUGUUGGUGUCUCUGGUGGGAGGUCUGUUGUACCUGCGCAGGAACAACCUGGAGUUCAUCUACAACAAGACUGGCUGGGCCAUGGCUGCCUUGUGUGUUGUGUUUGCCAUGACCUCAGGUCAGAUGUGGAACCAUAUCCGCGGCCCUCCGUACGCCCACAAGAACCCACAGAAUGGACAAGUGAGUUACAUUCAUGGAAGUAGCCAGGCUCAAUAUGUGGCCGAGUCUCACAUCAUCCUGCUGUUGAAUGCUGCCAUUACCAUGGGGAUGGUCCUGCUGAACGAAGCGGCUACCUCUAAAGGAGACGUGGGCAAGAGAAGGAUCAUCUGCUUGGUGGGCCUGGGUCUGGUGGUUUUUUUCUUCAGCUUCCUGCUCUCCAUCUUUCGGUCCAAGUACCACGGCUACCCUUACAGCUUCCUCAUUAAGUGAAAACGUGGACUCCCCACUCACAGCUUCGGUCCACAGGAACACAGAAGCAGCAGUACCUAGAAAAAUUGUAGCCGGGGACUGGUCAACUCAUACAGUGUGCAUGAUCUUAACAGUUCAGCCAAGAUGUGUCCAUCAAAGGGAAAAUAAAUCUUACUUUGACAACCCAAAG